AUGGAAGAAACAUCUGAAUCGAAUAAAUUACAAUCAUCUGGUGAAUCAAUAACCUGGAAAGGAAAAUUUUUUAUAGAAGAUUUGACAGAUAAUGAUCAAGCAAAGGAUUUACAAGCAUAUUUAGCGAAAUUUGGAACGAUAAAAACGUGUAACAUUAACAAAGAUAAAUUGUUAGCACCACGUGGUGUUGCUCAAUAUCAAGAACCACAAUCAGUCGACAAUAUGAUGAAAAAGGAAAACCGUCCGCAUAUUCUGAACGACCAUGCUAUUUAUAUUCAUCGAGAAUUACGAGUAACACCUAAUUGGAAAAAGCUCAGAGCACAAAGAGACAUACAUACACUAUCUUUUGGUGUGAAACCGCUAUACAUUCUACCAGAAGAUGAAUUGAGGCGCCACUUUGAACAAACUGUAACAGAACAUCGAAAAAGUGAAUCUGAAUUCGUGAAUGCAAAUAAUAAUGUAUCCAAUGUAGAUUCACGAAGCUCAACAGGAUCACUUGAGGAUCCAAAAAAGUUAUUAAACUCCGAUGGAAGCCAGCGUAGUCAAAGUACAAACUCAAUAACCACUCUAGAUGAUCGAUCAUGUGGUAAUGCCGCUCGAUUAUUUGGUAAUGCUAUUAAAGAAGUCAAAGAACAAGCAAAUUCUGAUUUACCAAACGAUGUUCCUAUGGAUUGGUCCUCUAAAAAUUUACAAUCAGGAGAUGCUGGUGGCCAGGGCCAAGUACGCACAAUAUACUAUAAAAACAACGAAGCACAAAUAGCGGCAAUAAAAAUUUAUUCAAUCGAUGCUAAGCCGAAAAAAAAUAGCAAAGGACUAGAAGACUAUUUGAAAGAACGAAGAAUGCGUGCUCAUCGCGAAUUGGUCGCUUUAAAGGCAUUAAAAGGUAUGAAAAAUGUUAGUCAACUAACAUCUUAUACGCAGGAUAAUACAAAUAUACCGGACAAACAAGAAGAUGCAAUAGCUGGAAAUAAAAUUUAUUGGACAAUUAUCAAUUAUAUCGAUGGAUGCACUUUAGAACAGUUUACGGAAAAGCACGAAAGCAUGGGUUUGCUGAACGCUAUUAGAUUAACUCAAAAACUACUUUUAACUAUUAAACAGAUUCAUGGCAUAGGUGUUGUACAUCGUGAUAUUAAACCAGCUAAUCUAUUAGUUGUUCACGACAUGAAUACUCUCAUUGAAACAGCUGAAAUUCAUGUUAUCGAUUUUGGGCUAGCAUACAUCGAAAAUCGUGAAGAUGACGUUGACUGGUCCAAAUUUGAAGAAAAAGAGAAAUUUCGGCAAACACACUUUGGUUGCACCUUAGGUAAUGCGUUUUUUCGCGUUCCACAGCUGAAUUCAGCGACAUGGAAGGAUAAAACAAAGAAAGAACAGAAUGCACUAUUAAAUGUUCGCCGUAGUCCUACAAUCGAUGCUUCAAGUGUUUGUGCAAUACUAUUUUGGCUCAUAAGUAAUAUUGAACCAGGACUUAAGCAUCGUGAUGAAGAGCAUUUGGCACCCCAUCAGCAAAAAGAAGCUGAAUAUGAAAUUAUGAUUAAAAUAAAGCAAGCUGUGAACGAAAAAGGUAUUGCGAAAGAAUUGCGGCCAGGAUUAAUAAAACAACUAAGAAGUUAUAUUAUGACAACAUUUGACAAAGGAUUUGAAAAUGCGGAAUAUCAGUGGACGGUUGAGCAAUUAGAGUAUCGGUUAGAAUCAAUUCGCCACAUUCUCGAGCAGAGCACCAUUCCACUUGAUCAACAACUCAGUAAUGCUACAAGAAGUUUGCUUGCACUUGAGCCAGCUACUGCUCUUUUAAACCAAUAUUCAAUCAAAAUAUUCCAUAAAGUUUCGGUUGCGUUUGAAUCUGCUAAGGCAAAAUUUAUCGCACGCCAUUCACCAUGUUCAUGGUAUGAUGGCCAUUGCUGCUGGUUACAAUAUCGACAAGAUAUGACUGAACGUAAAAAUUAUGAUGUAUUAUCUUAUCAACAAAACAAACAACAGUGGAUGUUAAUAAUUAUUUGUUCGGUUCAUUUUGAUGAGAAUGGUGAUCGAAUUACAUUAUCGAUUGGCAGUGAUUUUAAUGGCGUCUAUAUUGAAUUACCAUUGGGUCAAUAUGCUCCUAGUGAAUUAGAUAGUUUAAAUAUUGAAAUUGAAUUUGAAAGAGAACUAAUCAAUCUACUACAAGUGAUGUGUAAAACAAAGCCUACAACAAAUGCAGGAUCUGUCAAUUCAGCACAUUAA